AAAAAACUGACAAUUACGGCUGGAAUACCUUUGAAUGAAGCCGACUUGGGUUAUCAGUAAAAAUAUGCUAGAACAUUCAAAACGAUCAAAAUUUGUAAAUCCUUGACAUGAGUAUGCCACUGCUAAGAAUAAACAUCGUGUCCGAUAUACAAUUAUUUGGCAAACAUCACCGAUCAUUGGUGAACUGCCAAAUAAUGACAUGUUUUCAUAGGAAAUAAAAUAAGCUAAGUCUCCAUACAAACAAACAAGAACCUGUUAGUAAUUAUAAUUGACUUAUAUUAAGUUUUAGUAUUCGAGAGUGGCUUCCCUUUAAAAAACAAUCUACUAAAUCUCAGCCUGUAAUGGCGAACUAUUUUGUCCAUUCGUCCAAAUGCACGAGACAUUGGAUAUUUUCUGCCGCUCGGAUUCCUCACUAUAGCAGUAAUCAACAUCCGAGAUUAAGUCCAAAGCGAUGUCUUUUGUUGGCAGAUAAUAUCAGUAUCAUGACUGGCACCCAUGCUUGCAGUAAACCAAUUUUUAUUUCGAGUUGUUGCACAUUUACUAAUGCAACCAGAAACAUUCAUUCAACAAAUUUCUCACUGCCUAGCAUCAUCACUGCACGAUCUUUUUGCACAGAUACCAGUUCUUCAUCUGAAUGCUACAGAGAACACUAUAUCCCAAUUACACGUUACUCUGUCAUUCAACAUCUUAUGCACAAUGGAAACCUCCUGCAAGCUGAUGUUCAUGAAGAAUUUGUAGAAUUUUCUCUAGCCCUUGAUAAUGUCAUCGUUACUAAAUAUCAAGGUGUUUUGCAAGAUAUUAAGAGACUUUUUGAUCCUAUUAAUCCCGACAAAGACACAAUUCAAACAAGGAAUUUAAGUGAGGAAGAAAGAAUUGACAAAGAAGAACUAGUUAUUCAACAUUUGGACACCCUCCUGAAGAAAGCCAACUUCCACAAACUUUCAGAUAAAUUGGUGGAAAAAUCCCUAAUGGAAAGUCCAAUUAAAGGAGGAUUAAGGAUUCAAGUCGAUCCUCGUAAGUAUGAAAUAUUACAUUUUUGGGCGCUUGGCCUAAACACCGUGGUACCGAAAAAGAAUUGGUACAACAGAAUGUGGGAAAUAUUUCCUAAGUCUUCCAUUCCGCAUCCCGACUACUACAGGAGAUUGAUUGUGGCGUUACGUCGGAAAGGAGAAACCAAACUUGUAUUAAAAGGCUUUAAAGAUAUGCCAACAGAUGCUCUUGAAAUGCUGCUUCCUGACUGCAGAAUCAAGUUGAAUCAUUUAGAUAAAGGCAUUAUCACUGCUUCGAUCAGUAUUGCUAUCACUGGUGUGGUUGCCAAAACCCUCACCACGUUAGUGGAGUUGAACUUUCAGUGGUCGUUUGUGACUGCUUUGAUAUUGUGUUUGAUAGCCAUAAGAAUAUGGACGGUGUACAAGAACAGGAAAAAUUCUUAUCUGGUCAAAUUGUCGCAAAUGCUCUAUUAUAAGAACUUGGCCAAUAAUCGCAGUCUGCUGACGCUUCUGGUUGACAGAGCUGAAGACGAGAGUUUCAAGGAAGCAAUGCUGAUCUACACAUUUCUCCAUGCUAAACAGAGAAAAGAAACAUCAAAUUUGGAAUUGGAUGGGAAAUCCAAUAAAACGCUGGAGCAAGAAAUUGAAAAAUGGCUUUUCUCUGUAACUGGAACCAAAAUAGAGUUUGAUGCCAGAGGAGCAAUUGCUUUACUAAAAUCUUUUGAUAUUCUUCAUUGUGUGAACAAUCAACUAGUUGUUCAACCUUUGAAAUUAGCUACAAACACACUUUACAAAAAUUUCACACCAAAUAAAACUUUCAGAGAUAAUUCAUUGAAAAUAAAUAUCUCGUAGAAGGUAACACUAGGAAGAUUUUUUUAUAUCAAUUUAAAUUUUUUUGUAAAUUAUACAUUUUAUUAAAAUGUUACUGAUUGUU